UCAGAUUCAAUUGCAUAUCUCCAAUUCCAUUUAGUUUGGGUACUCCGCUACAGGUCAAUGCUCAAUAUCCAGAUUUGCAUAAUGUGGUUUAGGCCUAAUCGGGCUAGUCCAGGUGUAUUAGGUUAGGUGGGUUGGAUUGGUUAUACUAACCUUUAAAAAAUCUGCAAGUGGAUUAGGUAUUUAGGUGGAUUAUAAUGGUUUACAAACCCCUGAAAAGUGAUAUAAUUAAGGCUACAAAGAAUUUCAGUUCCAAGUUCCAACCAGUUGGGCCUUCAAAGUAUAACGUAAACCUCGUAAACAUCUCAGGUGAAGAAAUUAGUAACGCCCUCUUCUAACUUUGUUAAGUUAUUUAAUCCCGCUUUUGUCUGUACCUUGUUCUUUUUCUUGCUUGCCGUCCAACAAUAAGUAUUUCUUUACAUACAAAGAAUUCCGUUUUUCAAACUACCUUAUUCUCGCUGACGGCCUCAUUCCCCUUCAAACGUUUCCUGUACUCUCUCUCUGGUCUCUGGUUUUGAUCAAAUAUGAACGACUUACUCACGGUAAUCUUUUACUAUUCUCUGAUUGUUUUGUGGACUAUAUGAUGAUAUUGUUGCUUUCUUAUUUUGUGCCAUCUUUAUAUUCGAGUUUUAAUCUCUCUCACUGGAAGCAAAGAAAUUUUGUUCCAUAAAGAACAAGGAGACUUGUAAUUUGUUUUUGGGUUGUUUUCAUAUUACUGACUAUCAGUAGUUUUUCAAAAGACCUAUUAGGACGAAACAUCAAAAGAUUUUCUUUCCUCCUCCUCUCUUUCAUUCCUUCUUCUCCAACAACAUUAUCAAGAACAAUCCUUCUCCGCUCAGAUCGGUAAUUUUUCAUAGUUCCUUGUUUUUUAGGUUAGUUAGUAGUUUAGUCUAGUUUUUAUUAUGUUUCAUAUUUAUCUACACCGGUACGGUGGUUUUUGAGGUUUAUUUUGCUUUAAUGGCGAUUCUUGGUUAUUGGGUUGGGUUUUAAAAUCAAUAGUAAUGCUCUUGAUGCUUUCUAACGACGAAAUCUUCAUCUUGGUUAUCUCCGGCGACGGAAUCUUAUCAUUCACUUAUCCGGCGACGGAAUCUCCAUAGGUGAUCUUUUUGACGACGGAAGCUUCAUCACUAGUUAUAAGAGAUUUGAGCAAACCACUCCUACUUUGGGAGCACAUCUUUCUAUAAAAGAAAACAAAUAAAAUGGUUGAAAGUUAAUUCCGAAAAAAACCAUCCAUCUUCCAAUUUAAUCGAAUCUUAUUCAUACUUAUAUUUGUAUUACUCCGAUAAUCCUUCUUUUUCUCUUGUCGGAUUUCUCGAUAUUGUACUUUUACGGUAUAUUCUUGUUACUUUGCAUUCUCUUAUUUUCGAUCUUAAACUCAUUGUAACCUCGAAUUUUCAUUAGUGAAAAGGUUCCUUGUUAAAAAAAAUAAAUAAUAAUAAUAAAUAAAUAAAUAAAUAAAAACAAAAACUAUCAGUAGUUCAGUUAACAACUUCAUAUGUAGUAAGUUACUGAGCCAUUUUUGAAAUUUGUUCGGUAUGACACUUGAAUCUUACCUGCUUGUAGAGGUCGCAGUGAACGUUUCAGUUCGUGAAUACACGCUUAAAUUUUAUUAGAUAGCGUAUUCAUAAUAUGUAAUUGUGCUUUGCUGCACGAUUCAUUUGUAAGUGGAGGCAAAGACCAAUCUCCAAGAGGCAGAGAUGUUGAAAUGGGAAGGGUUCCACCGAGUAACUCAGAUUUGGGAAUGGAGUCAUUUUUUAAGCAGGUUGGAGAUCUUGAGAAGCAGAUGGACAAUCUUGCAAAGAUACUUCAGAAGCUUCAGGAUGCUAAUGAGGAGUCAAAGUCCGUUACUAAAGCUGGUGCUAUGAAAGCUAUCAAGCGGAGGAUGGCAAAAGAUAUUGAUGUAGUCGGAAAGAUUGCACACAAUCUCAAAACAAAAUUAGACCAAAUAGACAAAGAUUCUAUAUUUAAUAUCACAUCGCAGCGGGCACAUGGAAUCCGUCUAGGAACACAAUGGACACUUUGUAUCCACUUUAUAUUGUAUCCUUUCCUCUGUCUCAACAACUUAGCCAACCGAAAAAAGCCUGGCUGUGGGAAAGGAACCGGCGUUGAUCGAUCCAGGGGAGCUAUGACAGCUGCCUUAAAGAAAAGGUUAAAGGAACGAAUGGAUGAUUUUCAGGUUCUGAGGCAAAAUAUUCAAGAUGAAUAUCGUGAAGUUGUCGAGAGGAGGGUCUUUACAGUAACUGGGGUUAAACCGGAUGAAGAGACUAUCGAUCAACUGAUAGAGACUGUAAACAGCGAACAGAUCUUUCAGAAGGCAAUUCAUGAAAUGGGUAGAGCACAGGUGUUAGAUACUGUUGCAGAAAUUCAGGAAAGACAUGAUUCUGUGAGGGAACUUGAAAAGAAGCUUUUUGAUUUACAUGAGGUUUUCCGUGAUAUAGCUGUUCUUGUGGAAGCUCAAGGCGAUUUUUUGGACAACAUUGAAAUUCAGUGUGACUAAACCAUGGAAGAGUGGAAAUGGUGCUUAGAGUAUAUCUCCUGUUUUGUGCACCCGUUUCUGAGUUUCUAACUGUGGCGGGUUGGCAUUCACCUACAUACGACUGGCCUUAAUAUGAUAGAUUUUCUGUAGGUUUGUUGUUCGUUCAAACUAAUGCUCUGUCUUGAGACUCAUUGUUAUUAGUGUAUUUUGUAGUUUUGGGUUGCAAAAUUUCCAGAUCACCUUACCUCGGCCUUGAUUAACUACCUUUUUCAACGAAAUGAAAAGAUCUGGUUAUUUUCUUCUUGUUGUUAUGAUCAUUAUGAGAAGGCGGUUGAGUAAAUUUCACAUGUUCUGCAUAUCAACAUAAUCGCAUUUAGAAUAUGGCAAGCAUUAGCACGUUAGAUAUUGGACCUCUGUCCCUAUUUUUUUUCUUAAAUCAAAUUAAACAUGAAAAUAUACGUUUUCAAUUUGUCUGCAAAGACUGCAAAGUGCAAUGGUGGGUUGUUGCCUUAGGGUGCAUACCAAAGUUGGCAAGAAGAAUGCAUCUUUUUGUCUUUCUUCUCUUGAACAAAUUGGCUUAAAUUCCCCACUCGCCAGACCCCUGAAAGUUGUCUAUGAGUCUACUCGUUGAUGUUUACGAUGGUGAAGACAGUUAAACUGUUGAUUAUGUUUGUUCAUUCUUCAGAAACUUGUG